AUGGUUGCUCAUGAUGUACCUGAAGAUAUGCCGAACUGUAAAUUGAUUCCGCACCCACGAUACGGGGCCAUCAAUCGAGACGGCGGCAUGCAAAUCGGGAGAACAGAUUUGAUUCUUGAUGGGGGCUUCGAUCUGAUGCUCCAACCAGAUGUUGAUCUGGAAGCUUGUAAACAAGAGGAGAGCGACGACGGGAUGACCGCUCUGGCGCGUCGGGAAGACAUGCAAAGGCUGCUUAUUCUACAGAAAGGUGCCUACUUCAUGCGUAAAAAGACGAUGCUCGGGAUUACGACAGGGACAGAGAAAAUUUGCGUGAGACUAGAUGAAGACAGACACACUUUGAUGUGGAAUUCGCACGAUUCGAGCAAGAGCCCGACGAAUAUUGAGUUGCGCACAGUAAGUUCGAUCCGAGCUCAAGGAAAUACCGGACUUAUUAUUAGUUCGCAAAAGGGUGAUAUAUUACUGGAUGUGGAAGCGGAGUCUAAGGAGCUUCGCGAUACGUGGGUGACAUCUUUGCAGCUAUGCAAAGAUGGUGGCUCAGAGAUAGAGAUAGAAGAAGAGGUGAAAUCUGGAUCAAAGUUUCGGAAUUUGGUAGAAGAUCAUGCGAAGAAACAAGUAUACUGGGCAAAACGCGCACAAGAGUUGGAAAAACGGAAACAGGAAGCUGAGGAGCGAAAGAAAAAGUUCAGUGGCGUCGGAAUGAAGUACACGGCACUUGCUAUGAGUAACCGGCCCAAUCCGUCGGACAAAACUUAA